CGAUUUGUUAUCGGCAGUGCAUAUUUUGAUAGCAUUGAGUUUGUUUAUUGUAAUUAUAAGAGGAAAUAUUAAUAUACUGAAGUUUAUCAUAAAAUGGUUUUGGCAAAUGUGUUAGUAUUAAGUCAAAUCGCUGGUCAUGUAAUAUUAGUUAUAUUAUCGUUGUGCAUGAUGGUGCCACUUGGUAUGAGUAUCCAUGAAUUUGGUGGCCAUUGCUUGCUUUUUACAAGUGGAAAAUGGCGUGAAGAAGAUGGAAUGUUUGAAGUAAAAUGGUCAUCGACAAGUUUUUGUAGCUUUCCCCUUUUUACUGCAAUGUUUCUAUUCUCAGUAUCAACUUUACAGAUUUAUCGGUACUCUCGGAUGAAAGAGGAAGCUUCAUUUCUUUCUUUAUUCAUAGACGUUGUGGUUGGUAUUUGGAUGUUAGCCUUUUCUAUCUUGUCAGCAAUUAUGGUGACUUUAGGAUUUAUUGUAUGGUGUGAUGGAAUGACUGAACGCUUUCCGUCAUGUGAAACCGCAGCUGGACAAAAUAUCAUACACGGUGACCAAGACCAUAUAGACACAUCUGGCUUCUAUAUUGAAAUGGGAACAGCUCAGUUCGGCGCUUGGGGUUCUUUUGCAAUAUCGGUUGGAAUUGGAGUUAUAGCACUUCUUAAACUCAUUCAAAAUCAUCAAGUACGUAACAUUAAAGUUUCUAUGUACUUGGAACGUCAAAGACUGGUGAAUCAACAUCUACAACAAUUAGAUGGACAAUCUGCAACUCCGACUAUUGCUGAAGCCAAUAAUAAAUAAUAAUUACAUGUGAUAUAGACAAAUUUUAAAUUACCUAAACACUACUCUUAUACUCUAAAUUAUAUGUUUUUAAUGUUUGCAUUUUACGAUUAUUAAAUGUAUCAAUUAAAUAAUUUAACCUGUACCACAACAUCAAUGUUACAAA